GCCGGGUGGUCAGUCAGUCAUGGCGUGUCUCAAUACCUUAAUUGUUGCGAUACUCGCUCUCGGCCUGCAGUCUGCCCUUGGGCGAGCGGGAUUAGUGGAGCCCGACCUCCUUGAGAGGGCUUCCACCUCAGCGGACACCACACGUGAUUGGUGGCAGGUGGCGCAAUUCUACCAGAUCUACCCACGCUCCUUUAAGGACUCCAAUGGCGAUGGCAUCGGCGACCUGCAGGGCAUCAUCUCCAAACUGGAUUACCUGAAGGAGAUCGGUGUGACGGCCACUUGGUUGUCGCCCAUUUACACAUCACCCAUGGCGGACUUUGGCUAUGAUAUCUCCGACUUCUUUGACAUUCAAGCGGAGUACGGAACGCUGUCUGACUUUGACGAGCUAAUUGCAGAGGCCAACAAGCGUAACAUCAAGAUCAUCUUGGACUUUGUACCGAACCACUCGAGCGAUGAGAAUGUCUGGUUCACCAAGUCCGUAAAUAGGGAGAAGGGCUACGAGGACUACUACAUGUGGCAUGAUGGCUACGUUAAUGCCUCCACUGGGGUGAGGGAACCGCCCUCAAACUGGCUGCAGGCAUUCCGAGGCAGUGCCUGGGAGUGGAACGACGUGCGGCAACAGUACUACCUCCACCAGUUCGCCGUCAAGCAGCCCGAUCUCAACUACCGCAAUCCCGCCGUGGUUGCACAGAUGAAGCGGGUUCUGACCUAUUGGCUGGACCGUGGAGUGGCCGGCUUCCGGAUGGACGCGGUGCCUUGGUGCUUCGAGGUGCUGCCCGAUGCUGAUGGUCGUUAUCCCGAUGAGCCACUGAGCGGUUACACUACUGAUCGCGAUGACUCAUCCUACCUAAAGCACAUCUACACCCAGGAUUUGCGUGAGACUGUGGAAAUGGUUUAUCAGUGGAGGACUCUGCUGGAUGAUUACCAGCGCAUUCAUGGCGGCGACACGCGAGUAAUAAUGGUGGAGACUUACUCAGGUCUGGACUAUGUGAUGCAGUUCUAUGGCAACCGCACCACCAAGGGAGCCCAGAUCCCCUUUAAUUUCCAGUUCAUCGUGGGCGGCGCAGGGGACAAGAACAACACUCAGCUGAACGCGGUGGGAUUUGUGAAGAUUAUCAACAGUUGGCUGACCCAGAUGCCAGCUGGACAGACAGCCAACUGGGUGAUGGGUAAUCAUGACCAGCGUCGAGUGGGCAGUCGGUAUGGAGAGAAUCGCAUCGACCUGAUGAACAUGCUUCAGAUGUUCCUACCUGGCGUGAGUGUCACCUACCAGGGCGAAGAGCUGGGCAUGACAGAUCUGGACAUUAGCUGGGAGGACAGUCGCGAUCCGGCGGCUUGCAACUCGAAUGCUAAUAUCUACGAGCAGUUUACAAGGGAUCCUGCCAGGACACCCUUCCAGUGGAGCAACGAGGCCAACGCUGGGUUCUCGACCAACGCGACUACCUGGCUGCCCAUUAACCCGAACUAUGUGACGGUGAAUGUGAGGACCGAGAAUGCCACCAGUCCCAGUCACCUGAGCCUCUACAAGCAGCUGGUGGUGCUGCGCAAACAGAAGACCCUGCAGCUGGGCGCCACUCGAUAUGCGAAUGUGGGAAACAAUGUGGUGGCCAUCAGGAGAUCUCUGAGUGGUGAGAGAACCUACGUUCUGGUAGCCAACGUGCUGGACACGGCUGUCUCUGGAGUGGAUGUGGCCAGUGCCCUUUACGCCACUGGUAACUUCAAGAUCAAGCUGCUGAAUCCGCUGGCCAAGGCCACCGUUGGGGAUUCCGUCAACCUUAGCAAUCUGUCCUUGGAGCCUUAUGCGGCCCUGAUUCUGGAGUCUACAUAAUCAUAAGUUCGACAAGAAUAAUAUACGUAACAUACAUAAAGUACAUCGAUGGGAUAGCCCGUUA